AUGUCCGGAAUGCCGUUUACCGCCGGUAGCGAAGCGUACGGUGGCUGGCCGCACCGCCGCUCGAUCAUUGAGUUCAGCUCGGACUUCAAGGACGCUCUCCGAGCAGACAUCCACGGAGCGGAGUCCUCAGAACGCUGCGACGAGGCGGCCCAGACGCCAUCAUCUCCACCAAGCUCGUUCAAGUCCAGCUUCCUGGACUGGUUCUUCACAUCAGACCCGCUUAAGCCGAGGAAAUAA